CAGUCUCUUCCAGGCUGCCCAAAACACAGCUAUUUCAUGGAUAAAGGCACAGGAAAAUCUGAUAUGGCUGGAGCAAUGGUCAAGAAAAUCCCUUUCACCCAUCCUAAAUGUGUGCCUGACAUGAUUGAAGUUCUCAGACAUCAAGCAGCAUAUAACACUCUCAUCAGCAGCUGUGUGUCUGAGACAACUGAGUGUGAAGAUUCAUCGGACUUGCUUCAUUUUGACGUCCGUCAGCAAAAAGGCACUAGCUUUUCAGUAACAUUCCAGCAUCCAUUGGAGGAGAACCUAGCCUGUGUGAUGGUCGAUGUUCUGAGUUCAAGGGACAUUAUAUGCACUCUUUAUACACAUUCUGAAGAUGGAGCAUUAAUCUGCAGCAAUGAUUAUCUCACAAGAGUCCUGAAGCGGUGUAUGUCAAUUCCGGUACUCAUGAGAGCAAUUUUCAAGAAAGCCACCCAACAAAAAGCUGAGGAAACUUCUCUGAGCAAAGAUGGAGUCUGUGAGGAAAACUGCAACGACCAACAAGUUGAACAUAACCAGCAGUAGUGUGGCUGCUUGUGAAACUGAGGAACAGCAUUAUUAUUUUUGGUGUAAUACUUGGUUUAUUUCUCUCA